UUUCCCCCAAACAAUUAAAAAUGCGUAGACUUCUUCCUCCAAACAUUAUUGAAAGUUUGUCAAAAGAAAAUAAAAUAAAGGAACAAGAAAAAUUAGAAGAUAAAGAAAUUGAAGAGGAAACAGAUGAACAAUUACAGCAAAUACCUACAAGACAUAUUGCAAUAAAACAAAGGCAUAAUAAUCGUUGGAUUGACAAUGAAAUACCUUUUUUAUUUUCACCUAAAUUCUCUGAAAGACAGUUAAGUAUAGUGGAAGUUUUUUUAAAUUAA